AUGCAAGCCGUCACCCGUCAGACUCCGAUAACUGAUUAUGUCAAAGUUCAAAAAUCGUCUCAAAAAUGGUUUUUAAUAUAGCCGCUUUUUCUUAUAUCGUAGCACUAAUCUGUGAUGCAGUUUUAAUAUUUUUCGCAAUACUACAUAUAAUUGCCUUCGAUGAAUUAAGAACAGAGUACAAAGACCCAAUCGAACAAUGUAAUAGCCUGAAUCCCCUUGUACUUCCGGAAUACGGAUUGCACGUAUUUGUCAACUUUUUGUUCCUGAUCAGCAAUGAGUGGUUAUCGUUAUUCCUCAAUAUUCCAUUGAUUGCCUACCAUGUAAACAGAUAUCGCACCAGACCAGUAAUGUCGAUGCCAGGUCUUUAUGACCCCACGAAUAUUUUAGAUGCGGCUAGUUUAUCAAGGUGCUACCGUGAGGGAUGGGUGAAACUAGCAUUCUAUCUACUUUCAUUUUUCUACUACUUGUAUGGAAUGAUAAGCUCUCUCAUUAACUAGGAUGGUAAUUACAGGAUUAAGUUUUUGUAACUUCUACUCAAAACUUGUAAAGCGAUUUCUGGAUACUCAUUUUUCGCAAUAAGAGAUUUUAUCCAGCUUUCCUCUCGAUCAGCGUUUUAGUUUACUUUAGACGAGUUUUUGACUCUAAAGUAGGCUUUUAAUCUAAACAUUUUGUAUUCGAUAAUCAGCUUGAAUGAAAUUUGACAAUUAAUUUUCUGCAAUUUGACU